AUGCAGCAACCACGGUCUCUGCUGCUCCUGGGCGCCGUCUGCUCGGCCGCCGCGGCUGCUGCGGGCAGCCUGCCGCGCGGUGUCAACCCGGAAUUUGCAUCCUAUUACAAGAGCAAGUCCGAGUUCACGUGCAUCACGAGUCCGUCCAUCAAGCUCAGACCGGAUCAAAUAAACGACAACUCGUGCGAUUGCCCCGACGGUUCCGACGAACCCGGCACGGCGGCCUGUGCCUUCAUCGACCCUCUCUCGCCGCUGCAGCCACUCCCCGGCUCCGUCUCGGGCAACACAAAGGCGAUAAGAGCGCUCCCGGGAUUCUGGUGCGCCAACGCCGGUCACAUCGGCGCCUACGUGCCCUUUUCGUACGUCAACGACGGCGUGUGCGAUUAUGAACUCUGCUGCGACGGCACCGAGGAGUACGGCGCGAAGAAGUGCGAGAAUCGCUGCGCCGAGAUCGGAAAGGAGUACCGGCGGCAGGAGGAAGAGAAGCUGAGGAAGUUGGAGAGGGCGCAGGUGAAACGUCAAAGCAUGGUCCGAGAGGCCAAGGAGCUUCGACAAAAGGCGGAGCUGCAUCUGUCCAAUCUCGUCGAGGAGAUCAAGCAGCUCGAGGCCAAGAAGGAGGACCUGACGCAGAAGCAUGCCGCCGCCGCCCUCGCGGAGAAGGGUAGGGUGGUCCGGGGUGACGGUGGCGGCGGCAAAGUCGGUGUUCUCGUCGGCCUGGCGAAGACGCGGGUCAACGAGCUGCGCAAGGCGCUUGAGGAUGUCAACGGGCAACGAAACGAGCUGCGGCUCCGGGUGGACGAGCUGGAAACGAUUCUUCGGAAGUUCAAGGAAGAGUACAACCCCAACUUCAACGACGAGGGUGUCAAGGCCGCCGUCCGCGCUUUCGAAGAUUAUUCCGCUCGCGAGCCGGCCGAGAACCCGGAAAAGAUGCCCGACUCGGAGGUGUACGAGAUUAUCCAGGAAGACGGCGAGAGCAGCGGCGUGAACUGGCGAGAGUUUGAGGAGCAGGGCGACGACACCGACAUUCUGUACAACUUCGAGGCCUACCUGCCAUCCUCUCUUCGCAACCUGCUCCACGACAAGUUGAUUUCCUUCAGGGUCUGGCUGAUACAGAGCGGCAUCCUCGCCGACAAUAGCACGCCGGGCGCGGAAUCGCACAUCCUCAAGGCCGCUCGCGAGGCCAUGGAGGCGGCCGAGCGAGAGCUCGGCGACAAGACGCGGUCUCGCACCAGCGAAGAGGAAGCACUCAACAAAGACUACGGGCCGUCCGAAAUCUUCCGCGCUCUCAAGGGCAGGAAGGUGAGCCUCGAUGUGGGCGAAUACACGUACGAGCUCAACUGGAUGGAGUCGACGUCGCAAGUCUCCAAGAAGGACCACGGCAGCACCAACAUGGGCAACUUUGUGCGCAUCGACCGCGAGAUGGCCGACGACGAGGAGAGGCUGGACGGAAAGAGCCUCGGCAAGGGCGAGAGGAUGGUGAUGCGGUACGAGAACGGGCAGGGGUGCUGGAACGGACCGGAGCGCCGGACCGACGUCUGGCUGGCCUGCGCCGAGACGGACGAGGUCUGGCGGGUCAGCGAGUCGGAGAAGUGCGUGUACAAGAUGGAGGUCGGCACGCCGGCCGCGUGCGAGCUCGUGGGCGGACCGCAAGGCGACAGGGACGAGCUGUGA